AAACUUUGAAUAAACAAACACUUAUUAUAAAUAAAACAAAAGAAAAGAAAACUUCAUCACGGAGCGGCAACUUCACUACUUCACCCAACAGACUGAAACACCAGCCUACCACCAUUUCUGAAUCAAAAUAUGGAAAUCAUCCCAAUCCCCACCGAUUCCUACACUCUCGGCUUCGUCGGCGCCGGUAAAAUGGCCGAAAGCAUUGCUAAAGGCGCAAUCCGCUCCGGCGUCUUACCUCCUUCCCGCAUCCGAACCGCCGCUCACUCCAACCUCUCUCGCCGAGACGCCUUCGAGUCCAUCGGCGUAACCGUCCUUUCUUCAAACGAAGACGUUGUUCGUGAAAGUAAUGUCGUCGUUUUCUCGGUUAAACCUCAAUUAGUGAAAGACGUUGUGUUGAAAUUGAAGACGCUUCUUACUAAGAACAAGCUUUUGGUUUCUGUUGCUGCUGGAAUCAAGUUGAAAGAUCUUCAGGAAUGGGCUGGCCACGAAAGAUUUAUAAGGGUAAUGCCUAAUACACCUGCUGCAGUUGGUGAGGCGGCGUCAGUUAUGAGCUUGGGGGGAGCUGCAACAGAAGAAGAUGCAAAUCUUAUAACCCAAUUAUUUGGGUCAAUUGGCAAAAUAUGGAAAGCUGAUGAUAAGUAUUUUGAUGCAAUAACUGGCCUGAGUGGCAGUGGUCCUGCUUAUAUAUAUUUAGCAAUAGAGGCUCUGGCUGAUGGAGGAGUAGCAGCUGGUCUACCACGUGAUCUUGCAUUAAGUCUAGCUUCUCAGACUGUAUUGGGAGCAGCAUCAAUGGCCACCCAAAGUGGGAAGCAUCCAGGACAGCUCAAGGAUGACGUUACUUCUCCCGGUGGGACCACUAUUGCAGGUGUUCAUGAAUUGGAAAAAGCAGGUUUCCGUGGAACACUGAUGAAUGCUGUUGUUGCUGCUGCUAAACGCAGCCGAGAGCUUUCCUGAAUCUAUAGAUGAGGAUCUUAUAAUUUCUAAUCGGAAAUUUUAUUUCAGUAGAAUUUUCUGCUUAUAGUAUGUCGAAUUAGGGUUAUUCUUUGAGAUGAGUAAAACUUGCGAGAAUGUUUAGUCAUAGCAACAUUCUUCUUUUAUAAAUGCUACUAGUUAUGGACGAGUUUGGCCAAUUAGUACAGAAUAACAGCCGGGUCCGCUAACAUUAUGGAUGCGGACGUAUGCCAGGGGUUGAUGUUUCUUUAUAGAAGAUGAUUAGUAAAGCAUAAGAACUUGGCCAUUAGAGUUGCAUCCCCAUGUGCAUGCAAUUAUGUAUUUUAUUUCUAAUCCUUCAAAGCUUAUUGUAUCCAAAUCAGAUAUCAUACUCUUAAAUGUUUUGAAAGGGAGGUAAAAUGGUGCAACAUUAGCCAUGAA